AUGAGACCUAAGGCCCCUCUGCCACUAGGUGAAACCACGAACGUCAUCUACCGGAUCCGGUGUAACUCCUGCGAAGUCAACUACAUUGGGGAGACCGGCAAACGGCUACAGACCCGUGUUGGAGAACACAUGAGGGCAGUACGGCGAAUGGACCCUUUGUCUCUGGUGGCCGAACACUGCGCCGAUGCCGGACACACGUUCGCCUUUCAGCAUGCCGAAAUUCUGGGCCGGGGAAACGAUCGCAUUGCCAGGGAAAAAAUCGAGGCUUGGCACACGGGGACAACCUACAUCAACCGCUGUGUGACUCUUCCCAUUGCCUAUCAAGCCCUUCGAGCGCAGCUCAGUAAACAAUUGAGCAGACGUGCACCCAGGCUAAACAUGAAUCCAGACAUGAGCGAGCCCAUGGCGGAUACACACUCAGCCACCCCUCAACCGGGUUCCGACGAAGGCGCAGUCCUCACCACAGCCGGUCCAUCUACUAGUCCGACGGACGAGAAAACGGACAGUCGUUGCGGCGUAAACAAGAUUGCCAGGCUUGGACGACAGCUACGGUCAAUGAAGGUACGAACGACGACCACCAACGUCUCAACGCCGGCUUCCGAUGUAGAUUGA